AUGGCGACGCUGCGGGGGAUGCCUCGCGCUGGCCGCCAGCUUCUCGGCCCUCCGUCGCGCUGGCAGCCCUGUCCGGCGAGUCUACAGAGAUGCGCAUCCACCACCGCCGCCGCCGCCUCUACCUCCCCGACUGCGCCAGUGAUACCCGACAUCGAGCAGGAUUCCAGCUUGGAGUCGCCGAUCGUAGUAAGGGAGCACGCCAAGGUCGUCGAUCCGCGAAAGAGAGCAAGCCGCAGAAAAUUCGAGCUCCCCCCCGAGAGAUACCGAUACCAUCCUCCAAAGUUCUAUCGAGGACCUUUUCACCCUGUUCAACCGCCGCCGUCUUCAGAUCCCGUCGCCCGAAAUUUUGUGCCUGGGCCCUUCAACCUUCCCCGACUCAAGGAGACCUACCAAUCGACUUUGGCCUCCGAUAUCAUGACGCUCGCCUACCAGCACGUCCCCCCGGGGACACCCCCAAAACCCGAAAGGAUACGACUGCGCGAAUGGGACGAUUCGUCGCCCUACAUGAAAAACCGGCCGAAGCGCGGACCACGGGGUAGCGACGUCCUUUUCCCGCUCGAAAAGAGCAUCACUUGGAGAAACAUCCCGAAGAUCAAGGCGGUGCAUCUAGCCAUAUACGCGCCCUUGGCGAAGCACAACCCAGACCACCUCAUCGUCGGAAGGUCGGUGCUGCAGACGAUCACGGGCGUCCGUCCGUCCAUCACGACGAUCAGGCACAGUGUUGCUCAAUGGUCUAUUACCGAGGGCGACCGGACCGGCAUCAAGGUCUCGGUCCGCGGGGAUCUGGCCUACGAGUUCGUCGACAAGCUCGUCCACCUAGUAUUCCCCAAGAUCAAGGACUGGAGUGGCAUCCAAGGCACCUCGGGCGACAGCACCGGUAACAUCGGUUGGGGGUUCACCCCGCAAGACAUGAUGUACUUCCCAGAAAUCGAGGCCAACUAUUCUUUAUACCCGUCGAAGAUGAUCUCCGGCUGCCGUUUCGUGCUCGAGACCACGGCCAAAUCCGACAGGCACGCCAGGCUGCUCUGUAUGGCCCUGGGAAUCCCCUUCCACGGCAAGCUGGUGGACUAGGCGGGUAGCGAGACGUGCGGCUGCUCCCGGCUGGUUUGUACGCGGUGUAAGAUGUUGAUGGCAUCGCGCGCGCGGCUUCCAUGUGGAGGGACGGCGCCAUAGACGGUUGUAAAACACAGCUGUACGAUGAUAACCCCAAAAGAAAACAAAUCCAUCUAUAAGAUGAGAUAGUGCCUUUUUAUCUUCCUCCGCCUUGUCACAAGGCAUACUUUGCUGCCGAGAUGCGGAUUCUUGACACAAUAGGAGACGACAAUUCCCACCUUCCACCUCUCUCCACCCCCCCCCCCUUUUUUUUCAUAUAUAAAAAGGAAU